CUUCUUUUGCAUCAAAUGGGAAGGUCUCCUUGCUGCGACGCAACCGGCUUGAAGCGAGGCCCGUGGACACCGGAAGAGGACCAAAAGCUCAUGGCUUACAUUCAAAAACAUGGCCAUGGAAGUUGGCGUUCCUUACCAGAGAAAGCUGGUCUUCAAAGAUGUGGGAAGAGCUGUAGACUGAGAUGGAUUAAUUAUCUCAGACCUGAUAUCAAGAGAGGAAAGUUCAGUUUAGAUGAGCAAAAGACCAUCAUUCAACUUCAUGCUCUUCUAGGCAACAGGUGGUCUGCAAUUGCCUCCCAUCUACCUAAGAGAACAGAUAACGAAAUCAAGAAUUAUUGGAACACACAUAUAAAGAAAGGAUUAGCCAUGAUGGGGAUCGAUCCUGCUACUCAUAAGCCAGUGGUUGCAGUUCUUGGCUCAGGAAAUGGUGAGCCCAAGAAGCUGUCAAACCUUACGCACACGGCUCAAUGGGAGAGUGCUCGACUUGAAGCUGAAGCGAGGCUGGUUAGAGAGUCAUCAAAACUACGACAAAAUUAUCAGCACCCUGCAGCUGGCUUACCAGGCCCUCCCCCCACUCAGCGGGUCAACAAAAUAGCUUCCAGACUUGGCUCCCCACGUUGCCUUGAUAUACUAAAAGCAUGGCAAAGAGUACAACUCAAGUCAAUAGUAAUCGAAAAUAACGGUGGCGAUCAUGGCAGCAAUCUUCAUUCUCCAACAUCUACAUUGAAUUUGCAGAACAUCCCUGCAUCAUCAACCAACUGCAAUAUUGCAUCGUUUCAUUCAAAUGAUGUAAAUGAAGGGUUCGCCACAUUCCAAGAUAUGGAGUUUGAGGCUGGACAGGCAUGGAGCAUGGGAGCUUGUUAUGCAGGAAAUGAUGACUUGAUCAAAGGGUUCUCAAAUUUUCUUUCGAAUAAUUGGGAAAGUGAUCAUUUUGUUCGAUAUCCAAACACGGAUAAGGAUGGUAAUAGUGGAAGCAGUGAUGGAGUUAGUGAAAAUGAUGAUGAGAACAAGAACUAUUUGGAUGAUGUAUUCAAUCUAGUUGACUGUGGACUCAGAUAUACUGACAGCACGUUGCUACAUAAUAACAUAUGUAUGGAGCAUUUGGAGUUAUUUAUUCGGCCAAUAUGCUAGGAGACUCGUAGUUGUCUCAUCUCCAUGAAAAUUAAAAUCGGUUUCUCAAAAAUGGCAUUUUGGGUUUCUUGCUUUCUGCUGCUUCUUCUAUUUCUUUCUUGUUGUGUAGUAUUUUU